AUGGUCACUGAAGUCCUGACGCUGAAGAUGGCACCCACAGCCAAGACUUAUCUGGUCUCCGGCUACCCAAGAUCUAUGAGGGACGUCGCAGAGUACUCAGAUAAGAUCCAGACCAUAAGCGGCGUGGUGCUAGUGAGUUGGCGCCAGCGGGUCCUGGAGCGCCAGAUCGAGUAUGGCGCCCGCCUCGGUCACGUGGUGCUCAGUCUGGCGCGGAUGGAGCUCAACAACUUCUACAGAAGCGUCAUGCCCGUGGCCGAGUACUUUGAUCAGAGCGGGAUGCUGAUAGCGGUGAGUGGGAUAAAACACUUCACACACAGCUCUAUUCGGGUCCUGGAGCGCCAGAUCGAGUAUGGCGCCCGCCUGGGGCACGUGGCGCUCAGUCUGGCGCGGAUGGAGCUCAACAACUUCUACAGAAGCGUCAUGCCCGUGGCCGAGUACUUUGAUCAGAGCGGGAUGCUGAUAGCGCGGGUCCUGGAGCGCCAGAUCGAGUAUGGCGCCCGCCUGGGGCACGUGGUGCUCAGUCUGGCGCGGAUGGAGCUCAACAACUUCUACAGAAGCGUCAUGCCCGUGGCCGAGUACUUUGAUCAGAGCGGGAUGCUGAUAGCGCGGGUCCUGGAGCGCCAGAUCGAGUAUGGCGCCCGCCUGGGGCACGUGGCACUCAGUCUGGCGCGGAUGGAGCUCAACAACUUCUACAGAAGCGUCAUGCCCGUGGCCGAGUACUUUGAUCAGAGCGGGAUGCUGAUAGCGUUAGACGUGGCGUACAUUAGACAGCGGGUCCUGGAGCGCCAGAUCGAGUAUGGCGCCCGCCUGGGGCACGUGGCGCUCAGUCUGGCGCGGAUGGAGCUCAACAACUUCUACAGAAGCGUCAUGCCCGUGGCCGAGUACUUUGAUCAGAGCGGGAUGCUGAUAGCGUUAGACGUGGCGUACAUUAGACAGCGGGUCCUGGAGCGCCAGAUCGAGUAUGGCGCCCGCCUGGGGCACGUGGCGCUCAGUCUGGCGCGGAUGGAGCUCAACAACUUCUACAGAAGCGUCAUGCCCGUGGCCGAGUACUUUGAUCAGAGCGGGAUGCUGAUAGCGUUAGACGUGGCGUACAUUAGACAGCGGGUCCUGGAGCGCCAGAUCGAGUAUGGCGCCCGCCUGGGGCACGUGGCGCUCAGUCUGGCGCGGAUGGAGCUCAACAACUUCUACAGAAGCGUCAUGCCCGUGGCCGAGUACUUUGAUCAGAGCGGGAUGCUGAUAGCGCGGGUCCUGGAGCGUCAGAUCGAGUAUGGCGCCCGCCUGGGGCACGUGGCGCUCAGUCUGGCGCGGAUGGAGCUCAACAACUUCUACAGAAGCGUCAUGCCCGUGGCCGAGUACUUCGAUCAGAGCGGGAUGCUGAUAGCGGUAAACGGCGAGCGGAACCCCGAAGAAGUCUACAAGGACUUCCGCGCCGCAGUCCUCCAGAUCCUCGGCUCAGUGGAAGACCAGUCCACCAUGAACGGCGUGAGCGGGGUCGGCGUCGGCGCCGGCGGGAUUCCCGGCGAGAUCGUCGGCGUUGAGCCCGCGCCGCAGACAGGCAUGCGGGAGCGGGUUAGGGCUGAGGUGCUGCCGGUGAUGCCCGUCAACGGGGACGCGAGGAUCACCAGUCCGAAGAUGGGUACACAACGCGCACCAAGCCCCGCCCAGAGAGAGGAGCCUAGGCCCGAAGUUCUGCCUGUGGGCCCUAUGGCCCAUAUGGGCAACGGAGAUAUACCCAGAAUGGUUAGCCCUAAGGCUGAAGUGAUAAGAGUGAAAGGCGCAUCAACUACUCCCGCCAUCUUGUGGGUGGUGGGUGGACCGGGGAGCAACAAGGCAGCGCUGUGCCAGCGAUGUGUGUCACUGCGGCCGGGAUGGACGCACUUCAGCCUCGGCCAACGCCUGCGAUCCCUCGCCGACGCGGGCGGCGGGCCGGCGUCCGACGGCGCGCUAGCCCGCACCGCCAUCAGCGGCGGCGAGCUGGCUCCGCGGGACCUGGUGACGCAGCUGGUGCGAACAGCUGUCGUGGACGCUGGAAGAGGAACGGGGCUACUGCUGGACGGGUAUCCCAGGGAUUUGGAGCAGAUGGAACAGUUUCAGAAGGAGUUUCGCGUGUCACCUCGCAUGGUUCUGCUGGACUGCUCGAAGCUGCAGCUCGGGCGCGGGCGACGCGACGACUCCGUGGCGGCGUUCCGGCGGCGCCUCGAGGUGUUCCGGGAGCUCAGCCUGCCCAUGCUGAAGACCCUGGAUCAGCAUCAUCGGCUUGUUAUCGUGGAUGGUGACACAGACUCGUCCGACGUGCAGCAGGAGUUCAUGAAAGUAGUUCAAGAGGAGAUGGAGAAAGCGGAGGCUAUAGCGAUCAUGCCGCCGGAGCCGACGGAGAUGCCGCCUACGCCCAAAUCAGACAUGUCAUCAAUGCAACAGUUCACCCACGCCAUGUCCCGAAUGGGCGGGGGCCUAGCCAACGGCUUCGCCAACGGAGGCCUACGGAACGGGAACGUGGGCAACGGGACCAUUCCCAACGGGAACGUAGGCAACGGGUUCAUUGGGAUGGCCAAUAAUAAGGUAAAACCUAUAAUGAACAACGUAGCGAAAAUCCCAACUGUGUCCCAAAUGACCCACGAUGAGGUCCGAAGGCUAUACGAACAGAGCUCAGGAGAGGUGAUGACCCUUAAUACACACAUGUAAUUCGAAAACAUAACCUACCCUUCAGAAUAAUGAAGCCUAGAAGUUCCGUAGAGACAAAAUUGUGCUAUCUUCAUCUCUGUCUCUCUUACAAAAACCGAGUGGAAGCGAUUGUUAAUACAUUGCAGAUAUCUGUAUAUAAUAAAUCAAGUUAAGAUUCUAAUAAUACGAAUAGGCAAUCUCUAUGGUUAUGAUGGUCAUAGUUGUCUACAUCUAAAGGCCCGUCUAGACGUUGGCCGUUUUAUCAGAAAAUAAUUUGGUUUCAUUUCAAUCUCAUCUAUAACGUCCACACGUGCACAAUUUAAUACCCAAUUUUAUAUUUAUGGUGACAUUCAAGCGCUCAAUAUCCAUACUAGUUUCGAAAUUUGGCAGUCUUGCGUCCUCACCUCCAUUUGAUCGGUCAUAAUCUUACAAUCAAAUCACGGCGUGGGAUCGGCAAGCCAAUUUCAUUUUUGCGUCCACACCACCUGAUUUUAUCAGACAAUUUAAUCAGAUGGGGCGAAAAAUUGUCCCAUCUGGACUGGCCAUAAAAACAACACUUUUAUUUAACACGUGGAUAACGUCAUCAUAUCAUGCAUCAGCGGAAGUUAACUGACUUUAAAAAAAAUUAAAAGGUGCCCGGAUUAGUUUUCUAGGCUUUAUUAUUCUAAGCUCUAUCCCAACGCAGUAAGGUAUAUAAUACCAGUGCAGAACUCGCAAGAGGUGAAGUGCCGAAUAUGUAUAAGAUGUAAGAUUAAAAUUAAUAUAAAGGAUUUCUAAAGAUUUUAUUAAAUAUAAGAUAAAUUAAGGACCCUAAAGUGUUAGUUUAAGUGGCAACUUUGUUAUUAUUUUUAAAAGUUGAUUGUUUAUAUGAUUUUAGGUGUUUUUAAAUGUAUUGAUAUUAAUAUGUCCCUAGUAAUAUUAUUCAAAACACGCAUUUUCAUUAUUAUUGAAUUAUGUUACCUACUUUGUAAGUGAAAUAUAUUUUAAAACAUUUUUUAAAAUAUAUUUAAUAUCGAAUAUCUAGAUGAUACUGAAUAACCAACCUGGGCCGGAUUGCGUAAUAAAAUAUGAGCUACUAUUAUUAGUCAUUUUACAUAAUCACAAAUAGUAUAAACUUGUAUUUUAUUAUGCAAUAGGCCCCUGAUCUGAAUAUCUUAUACUAAGGGGCCAAAUUCGCAAUCACGAAAAAAAAAGGUUGUUUAUCAUAAACUACAGGGUAGCCCAAUAACACGUUGAAAAAAAAAGGAAUAUUUUCUUACUUACACGUUUUUUACAAAAUGUUAUUAAAAAUAUAACUACAAUCAUUUAAAUAAAAAAAAUAUGCAUUAUCUUCAAUAUUACUUUAGCUUUGAUACACAAACGCAAAAGUUUGUUAAACUUACUUAAACCUAAACUUAUCAAGUUAUCAAUAAUGUGCCGCAGUAAAAAAAUUGCAACGUAUUUUUGGCCCAUCCUGUAUUCGGUAUACUCAUUUAUUUAUUGGAAUAUCGAAUUCAGGGCCCAUACGCACCCAUAGUGAAAGUUGUUCGGUAUGAACCUAUGAAUCUGGCAGAGUAUGACGAAAACUAUAAAUAAAAUUAACAAUUCCUAAAUAAUAUACCGGGUGUGGCCUGUAACACGAGCAAAUAAUUAAAACAUAGUUUGUACUCCUCAAACAGUGACACUGUUGUUCAAUAACUUAUAAAAAUUAUGAAAUACUACUACUAGACUUCCUAUUUUUAUACAAAUUAAAUAUUAUCUUCAAUGUACGCCAUUAUCAUUGUAAUUGAUGUUGCUUGUCACGCCUUAAACAUAACAAAAUUCGCAAUACAUUACAUUGCGUCUUAGAAUAAAAUUUUAAGUGUACUAAAAAUCAAAACACAAGUUGUUUGUAAGUCGCUAAACAAAUGUUGGUCAGUACAUGAGUACAGCCUAGUUACAGUUUAAUUUUUUGCUCAUACUAUAGGACACAUCCGGUAUGUGUAUGUUAUAAUGUUAAUUUUUUUUCGCCACUAAACAUUUAUUACGUCCAAAAAAUAUUAUUACACGAUAUAAAGUAGAUAUCUAUUUGAUAUUAUUAAUUAUAAUGUUAAUUAAUUUAAGCUGUUUUAUGUUGUAUUUGUGUAAAUUGUGGACCAGUCUAAUAUUAAUUCUUUUAUACUAUAGUCAUAAGCAAGACGCACACUAAACUACUAUGUAUACAUAAGUGCCUUAGUGCAAGAUCUAUUUUUUAGAUUUUAAAUGAUUAAGUAGUUAUUAUUAAAUAAUUAAGUAUUUAAGGGAUCAAGUUUGGGUUAGGCUUUAAAAAUGUACCGUUAAAAGUGGAAGAAUGAGUCUUAAAUUAAAGAAUGAAAUAAUGUUAAAUUCUACAGCUUAUACAGAAUUAUCACAUACAUGUAAAGUAAUGUACUUACUAUGCAACAUCCUCAUUCCUCUGUUCUCCUUGCACCAUUUUUACAUGUCUCUGUUUGGCCAGAUGGUUGACUGGUAGAGAUUGUAGAGAAUGCCAUUAGGCAUUUAAUCCGCCAUUUGCACAUUAUUUUUAUGUUUUGUGCAAUAAAGUUCAAAUAAAUAAAUAUGUAUUCACGAUAAUGUUCUAAAUACUUUUGGUUCCGGAGCUAUCACUCAUCACAUUUAAAGAAAUCCACAGGAAUAAUAUCUAGAUAAAUGUACAACUAUUUAUUCUGUACCACAUCAUGUGAAUCUAUAAAAUAAUUUAAAUACUACAAAAAUACUCAUUAUACAUCUUUGUAAUUAAAAUAGAAAGUAAAAUAAGGAUAAAACAUAAUAAUUUCUACAGCGAAAACCUUAAUUAUACUCUGUACCUUAUUAGGUACUUAAAUAAAAGUAAACACAUAAUUUGUAAAUUUUCGGGUAGUUACCUAUAUAACCGAUAACAUUUAUUGAUUAACCAACCAAAUACAAAACCACCAGAAUCUGUCACUGAACCUACAUUUUUUGAUCAUGUAAUGUUUUCUUUUCUUCUACCCUCAACUGGAUUAAAAAGCCAUUUGAGGGUAGAUAAUUCUUUUUUUAAAUUCCUAUAGAUACAUAAUAAUUAUGUUCGUUAUUUAAUUGCAGAAUUAAAACAUAUUCCUUUUAUUGUAAUGGUAACAGUAGGUACACAAGUAUGUAUGUUUUGUAACGUUUAUUAAUAAGUACUAUUAUUGUUAUUACUUAAAUUAAGUAAAUUAAGAAUCAUUUCUUAUCCCUAAAUUACAGGUUUAUUUUAACUGACACCAGUAAAAUGCGUGCGAAUGUCUUCUGACGGCAUCGUUUUUUAAAAGAGUUUUGCUACAUUAACUAUUUGAGGUGUCAGGGGGUUAGCAAAGUGACAAUCGUCUGUAUAAAACGUCAAAAAAAUUAAUAGACAUUUUUUUUUAAUUUAACAUCACAUCGUAACACAUAGUAUGAUUUGCGUUUUUCGGUACAUUACGAGUGUCAUCUUGACUAAGUCACCCUUUGGCCCCAAUUUCACAUCGGUGACAGGUGCGACGAAUUGUAAAAUCACUGUUGCUGACGUCACAGGCAUCCAUGGGCUACGAUUACCACUUACCAUCGGGCAGGCCGUAUUCCUGUUUGCCACCAUCAUUGUAUUAUUUAAAAAACUUUAUUAUAUCGAAAAAAAAACAGAUAUUUCUCCUGCGAAGUUUCUGACAAUUGUCAAAGAUUUAGAAGAAUUGUAGGUAAUUCUUGACAGGUAAUGAGUUAUAUGUCGGAAUUUCGUGACAAUUGUAGUGUUUCUUGUGACAAUUGUCAUAAACUUAGCAAGAGAAAUAUCUGUUUUUUUCCGAUAUCAUAAAGUUUUUUUUAAUAAUACAAUGAUGGUGGCAAACAGGAAUACGGCCCGCCCGAUGGUAAGCGGUAACCGUAGCCCAUGGAUGCCUGUGACGUCAGCAACAGUGAUUUUACAAUUCGUCGCACCUGUCACGUUGGUGAAACAGGGGCGAAUAAAAGCCGAAUAGUUUAAAUUUUCCUUUAUGUAAAUAAAAUGACCGAUUUUUCCAUUUUUCCAAAGAUUUAAAUUAUAAUUAUGUAUAAAACAAGCCUUGUUAGGUUUUUUUGUUAGAAAUUUAUUUGAAAAUACAAUAUAAAAAUCUGAAAUAGGUAUAUCAAUUGCACAUUUACUAAUUAAUAAAAUUUGUUUACAAACUCAGAUCAUAAUAUUAAGUGCUAACUUAUUUUAGUGGUGCCCUCUCUUGUUGAAUUGAUGUCGCAAAACUCUUAUAUGUACGCUUUUUGUAACGUUAGCUUAUUGUGAGGAUUUAGUACAUAACAUAUAUGUUAAAAUAGCUCAUAAGUACCUAAAUAUCACGUAGUUAGAAUAAUAAGUACACAAAGGGGCCAAUAUAGAUUAGAAAUAGAAAAUAUAGAUAGUUUAGAUCAAAUGAUAUCACUGUUGCUAUGCGGUUCAACUGGGGAUGUAUAUUACUGUCUGAAACUGUGUAAAAAUAUUGUCUUAUUUUACAUCCACCUAUUUUAUCAAAUAAUAGCCAAAAAGUACAGUCUGUGCAAAUAUUGACCCGCAGUAGCCUGUGCAAAGAAUGUUAUGAAUAUAAAAAUUAAAUCUGCCGUCUCUGUUAUUAUUAUUAAGGCAAAUACCUACACAAUCGCUUUUGAAAUGUGAUUUCAAUUAAAGAUUUCAAAUCACACGUCAAAUAUGAAGAUUUCAAAUCACACGUCAAAUAUGAAGAUUUCAAAAAUCUUCAUAUUUGAAAUGUGAGCUCAUUCGAUGCGCAGGAGUGCUACGCGAGCUACGCCGUAGUCCGUAGAACUGUUUCCCGCUGUGUAGCGUAAACUGUGCGUAGACGCAACAGUCGCAACAUGUAGGUAUAUACAUUGUAUACUUUACUUAUAUUACUUAUAAAAGAGUGCGUCCUGAAAGUAUUGAUAUUCUCAUAAUAAUCUACUCUGUUGUCGAUGUAUAAAAAAUCGCGCAAUCAUUUGGGCUGUUCUUUUUGCAGUUUUUUGUAGGUACAUAAAAAAAAAUCCCAGUUGAAUCGCCCAGCGAUAAAAUAACGCACUAUUUUAUAUGAAACGUACACAAAUAUGUAUCGAAAUGCUCUAACAAAUGCUGUGACAACGUAAGUAGUAUUUUAUUAGUAUAUGAAAAUAGUAAACACUCAAUACUCUGAAGAUGUAAGUAAUCAAAAAAAUUCAACACACAGUAAUCGUACCUAUUAUUUAUGAAUUUAAAGUUAAUUACUUGAUCACAAUAAACGGCUAUUUUCUCAAAAAAUUUAGAAAAUGAAAAUUAAAGUGAAUAAUCAGUACCGGCUUAAACCGAAAUAUGUAAGUUUAAUUCAGUUUUGUUUUUACCUUCGUACUACAGUAAAGCCCUUUCAACGUUUUAUUCAUGAUAUUAUUUAAAACUAUUGCGAAGUUAAAUGCAUUUAUAUAAUUAUAAUUUGAUUCCAAAUACAUAUUCGUUAAUAUUGAAUCAUCGUCGCAACAAAUCAUUAAGAAAAAUCUGUUUUUGUUUUUAAACUAAAUAAUCUCGAUUGUUAACAAUGUUUAUGAAGUUAUCGAUCUGUUGAAAUAUAGGUCAAAACCAUUAAAACUUAAUGAAAUAAAAACAAUUAUUAUAAAAGCUGGUACAACGCUAGAAAGAUAAUGAUCAAAUAAUAACAAUUGAAAUUAAACAAUACUAUGUACACUUUUUUUUUUAAUAAAAGAGAAAUUUUCGAGAAUAAUAAGUUAUAAAAACAACUGGGAUAUAUGCAACUAUGGUGUUGUUGCUUAUUUUAAUUAUUUCCCGAGUACGAUUGGUCGGAACUCCCUCUUAUAGUACCUACCUUUUAACCGACUUCAAAAAAAGGAGGAGGUUAUUAUUCUUCAAGUAUUUCAGGUUUUUAUGACGUCGAAGGGAGCCGGGACCUCUUGUAAUUCGCGUUGUUUGAAAAAUAAUUCAAAUAAAUAGACGCAGUAAUCCCAUAGUUGCAUUUGCCCCAGUCGACCGUAAUUAUAGUUUUAAUUCAUUUUAUCCAGUGCUAGAUGUGUACUACUAUGUAAAGCACUGUGAUGUCCAAGUGCCGUUUAUUUAGGACUUAAACACCAUUGUGUUAGAAUUAUUUACCUAAGAAUUUGAAAUAUAUGAGCACUUUUUUAUGUAC